CCAUUAGGGUUUGGGGUUUUAUCUCUUUUCACGAAUCGCUAUUUCUCCUAGGGUUUGAGGAGUGAGAUAGAAGUGAGUCGCAGAGAGACUCCCAACCUUCGUCAAUGGCGCCGAACGAGAGAAAGCCCAGGGUUUCCAGAAACCCAGAUCUGAUACGCGGUGUGGGCAAGUAUUCGAGGUCGCAGAUGUACCACAAGCGCGGUCUCUGGGCUAUCAAGGCCAAGAACGGUGGCGUCUUCCCCCGACACGACGCCAAACCGGCAGAACCGAAGCCCGCCGAGAAGCCGCCGAAGUUUUAUCCCGCGGAUGACGUUAAGAAACCCUUGGUCAACAAGCGCAACCCCAACCCUACCAAGCUCAGGGCGAGCAUUACUCCUGGGACGGUGUUGAUUCUUCUCGCUGGGAGGUUUAAGGGGAAAAGAGUUGUUUUUCUGAAGCAACUUCCAUCCGGUUUGCUUCUUGUUACUGGGCCCUUCAAGAUCAAUGGUGUUCCCCUAAGGCGGGUAAACCAAUCUUAUGUGAUUGCAACUUCCACCAAGGUUGAUAUUUCAGGAGUAAAUGUGGAGAAAUUCGAUGACAAGUACUUCACAAAGGAAGCCGAAAAGAAGAAGAAAAAGGGGGAGGGCGAGUUCUUUGAAUCAGAGAAAGAGGAAAAAACGGCACUCCCACAGGAGAAGAAAGAUGAUCAGAAGUCUGUUGAUGCUCCAUUGUUAAAAGCUAUUGAGGGUGUUCCAGACUUGAAAGCAUACUUGGCAGCUAGGUUCUCUCUCAAGGCGGGCAUGAAACCCCAUGAGCUUGUGUUCUAAGGAAACGCUUAAGACUUGUUCUGUCCCCAUCACUCCAUAAUUUUGUUUGUUUAGUUUAACAUUUGCAACUUAGGAAUCCGACAUUUCUUCCAAUUUUUAUAUUUGUAGUGGGUUGAUUAUUUUUAUGGUAUGCUCUCCCCCCAAAGCAAGAAUUUUGUUGAGUGAUAACUUCAUGUUUUAGCCUCUAGGCAUUGGAUUUGCCCUGGACUAUAUGUAAUAAUUAAGGUCUAUACUUUGGGCUUCUUGACCUGUCAAUCAUGGCCGUGGAAGACUCGAAGUAGUUUACCAAACAUUCUUGAAUUGCAUUAAAUACGCAUUAGGUGUUGAGGA